AUUGCAAUCUGUACCGUCAUCUGUUACUCCGAACAGUAUUCGUCGAAUCGCCGAAGACAGUACAAGCAACUUUAACACGUUAAGAUGAACUGAAAUGAAACAAAUUGUCCAAUUUGGAUUUAGUCAUUGUUUAAUGUAAGCUAAGUGUGCACGUAGUCUCAGUUUAUUUUUAAUUGCCACUGAUGUGCCAAGUGUACAAAUAGUGCGGUCAGAAUACAUUUCGUUCGUAAAAGUGCUUAAUUUUACUGAUUACUUUGAAGUUGUCGUCCAGUUGACGUUUAAUGCAAUGAAUACUUUGGGUUCAGUAAUAUAAUGUUUUUUUUAAAUCACAAUUUUUCAAGUAGAGAGCGUCGGAACAGUCUUCUUAUUUCAACUUUAAAGAGACAGUUAUCGACGAGUGUUGUAAUUGUUUUAGUUAGGUUAAGGCGGAAUAAUGAAUAAAUAUUCAAGUAAUUCUUUGUUGUUAUAGAGCAAUUUUCUGUUUCAAAAGCUGUUGACGUAUAGUUCAUUAACAUGAAGUUUACGGAGCACUUAAGUGCUCAUAUAACUCCGGAAUGGAGGAAACAGUAUAUUAAUUAUGAG